CCGCCUCCCAAAGCUGUCGACCACCGCCGGCCGCCGCCCCCCGCCCCUGCUUCCCCUCCGUCCACCGCGACCUCCUCACCGCCCAGCACCUCGUCUGCCUCUCGAAUCGACCGAACUCGCUGAAAAGCUGAAAAGAACUGGAGGACUGAUUAUGCACACAGCCGAUUCUCUGGGCAAUUUCUCAGAAUCAGAUUCUUUGGGCAGGUAAGCUGAAAAGAACUGGCCCUCAGUUUAGUUGGUGCCGUGCAGCCGGCAUCAAUUCCUCACCAUCGCCUGGAAAAAUUAAGUAAACUUUAUUCAACUUGUGCGAAAAGUAAACUGACUGUACUAAAUCCCUGUGAUCUUGGAAUUGCGAUUGCCGUGUGAUUCGAUUCACGCCGAUCCAAUCCAGGCCUUCCUCCUCGCCGCCUCCACUGUGCCUCAGUGCAGAAGUCCAUCAGCCGCGGGUUUGGUUCCACCCCAGCCAGACUCAAGAGCAUGGUUUCUUCUGCCAUGACAGUCACUGCCCCUCUCUGCCACAGCGUCAUGCCUUUCCCGGCCACUGCUAGGGACUCCUCGGCACGCUCCCGAGUGGGAAGGCCGGGCCUUGCCGCUGGCUGCUGCUCCGGUCCUAUCGCCGCCGCAGUGACCAACGCGGCCCUGGUGGCCGAUGCUGCCCGCGUCGGUACGAGGAGGUGUGAACUCUUUGAUCUCCAUCGGCAGAUAGUUCCUCUUGUUGAUUCAUGGGGUUGGCAGAAGUCCAUUGUUGAGAGGAGAAAACCGUUGGUAGGCAUAGACACGGACACAGAUGAAGAUCACUCGGACACCUUAAUCACGCUGCAGCAUCCACCAGUUUAUACACUGGGCAACGGCAAUAGCGAGAAGUACCUCAAUUUCAAUAUAGAAGAUUCUCCUAUUGAGAUUCAUCGUAUUGAUCGUGGUGGGGAGGUGACAUAUCAUGGUCCUGGACAGCUCGUUCUGUACCCGAUUCUCAAUUUGCGGUAUCAAAAGAAGGAUCUUAACUGGUACCAAAGAUCACUUGAAACUGUGAUCAUUCGUGCCCUUCAGUCCGCAUUCUCUAUUAAGGCAUCAACAAUAGAAGGCCUCACUGGCGUUUGGGUUGGGGAUCAGAAAGUUGCAGCUAUUGGAAUUAUGUGUGCAAGAUGGAUAGUAUAUCAUGGUCUAGCGCUAAAUGUCACAACUGACCUAACCCCUUUUGAACACAUUGUUCCCUGCGGCAUAAAGGGUCGUGGCGUUGGGAGCAUUAAGCAGAUAUUGCAAAAGGCUUCCAACGGUAGAGAACAUAACGAUUCAGAACUGAUGGAUAUAGCUUAUGAAUCAUUGACCAAAGAGUUUGCCGAGUUUUUCCAACUCUCUCUGGAACGCAGCCCUGAUUUGUAUCUUUAGCUAGAUAACAUUAUCAAUCAACUGCAGAAUGUUUUAUUGGAU